GUUUGUAUCAAUAUACAAUUAACAAUAUUACAAUGUGUUACUUUUCUUACUCAAGGAAAUACAAAACAAAAAUAUAACAAAAUUCUACAAAAUAGCUUAACAAGAAAAAAUUGAAAUAAAUCUCAAUAAUAAUAAUACAAAUAAACACUAGUUGGAAAUGUUAAAACAGAAACAUCUGUUUUUGUUAGCUAUUGUUCAAAAAUUCUUUGAAGAGUAUAUCUUAGACUGGAAACAUUUGGAGAAUAAAGUCUUAGAUUAUGCAGCAAUUUUUUUUGUAGGUUGCAAUCGGACAAUUUGGAUACAAAAACGACCUGUUAGUAUACGCUGUGGCGUGUGAUGGUAUUACUGAAUUUCUUAGUUUAGUAAACAUUAUUGACUUCAGAAGGUAUCAAAGUCGGCUUCGUACAUUCCUGAAUCGAGCAUCAUCUAAUGGAGAUCAAUUAUAUGCAACAAGUUUAGCAAAAAGAGGUUUCAUUUAUUUGGAACAAGCUGGCAAAAAUUUGAUUUUUUGUCCAUUUUGCUUUAGCUUUUUCUACUAUGAUCUAGUGAAUGAUGAAAACGUGUGCACUCAUGCGGAAAGUUGUCCUUACGCAGCCCGAGCUUGGGAUCAACAUGGGAACAACAACCUUGGUGUUAUGAAUUUAGUUGUUGAUGUAGAAGAUAGAGAAAUAUACAGAAAUGUCAGCAAUUUAUAUAACUUUCCAUUUUUAGACAGUGAAAAUUACAGUGAAAGAACAUGGGAAGACAAUAUUAACGAGUCUAUGUGGUCUCUUUCGAUAAGAAAUUUAAAUGAGUUUCAAAAUAUACAUUCACGAGAAAAUCAACUUGACAACAAAUUGUCAGUAGCUCAUAAUGUAAAUUCAUCAAACCUUGUACACCAAGAAUCAGACACAAAUGUGGCUGCGGCACCUGCAGUUAUGCCAUUAUCAGAUUACAACUUAUGUCCAGAUAACGUCAUCACUCAUAGUUCAUCUACUCAGGGAGAUCUGGUAGGAGACCCAUCAUCUGGUUUUACAAUCUCAAAUACAGUAUCAACAGUACCCGAUCUAUCAUCUGUUGUCUCAUCUAUAACAUUAGAAAUAGCUUCUACAAGAAUCUUUUCAUCUAAUAGUGAAGAAUCUCCAUCACUUUUGUCAUAUGCAACAACACCAGUUGAUCCAUUUUAUAGACCCACCUUUGUUACUGCUACAUCUACUGUGAUCACAGCUCAGUCCGAGUCAACAGUUUCAACAAACUGUGCGUCAGAGCGGAAUUUAAUUUCCACAACAAUCUCAUCAGCAGCUGAAACACAAACAUCAGCAUCAGGUUUAAAACAGAUAUCGUUAACAGCUGUAGGACAAAUAUCAUCAACAGCUGCAACAGAAAUAUCAUCAACAGCUGCAACAGAAAUAUCAUCAACAGCUGUAGCACAAACAGUUUCAGAAACUAGUCAAAACUCUACCAAAGGAAAUGCAGGUGGACCAACGUAUUCUGAGCUUGGCAUUGUAACGGAACACCCCAAGAGAUUUGAAUAUGCAAUGCUUCUAAAACGAAUGGAGACAUUUACAGCCUGGCCAAGAGAUCAUCAUUUGACACCCAAAAAACUAGCAAAAGCUGGAUUCUAUUAUGCAGGUUAUGGAGAUUGUGUUCGAUGCUUCUACUGUGGUGGAGGUUUACGGAACUGGGAAGAUGAAGAUGAUGUCUGGGUAGAACAUGCCAGGUGGUUUCCUAAAUGUGCUUAUAUCCUUCGACGUAUGGGUCAAGUUUUUGUAGAUACAGUCCAAGAGCUGAAUGAAAGCUACGAUCAUAUUAACUUCUCGAUGGUUGUGGAAAAAAUGGGCAAUGCUGUUCAAGCUUCUCAGUUCGACACAAAAGACACGCCUUUGAAAAGAGACCCUGCUGUUAAGACAGUUGUAGACAUGGGCUUCCCCUAUGCAGAAGUUAUUGCUGCAGCAGAAAAAAUAAAACAAAGUGAGAACACUUUGUCAGCUGAUAUACUUUAUGAAAAGCUUGUUUCUGACAACAUAAAUAGAGUACCAAACGCUUCCAGAAUGUUUGAUUUAAAACUAGCGAAAAUGAAAAGUGAAUCAUCUUCCAGAGCUGAAGAAAAACUCAGAGCAUUGAAGGAAACAAAUGAACAGCUUCGCCAGCAGACAGUCUGUAAAAUUUGUAUGGACAAAGAAGUGGCAGUAGUUUUUCUGCCCUGCGGUCAUCUAGUGUCCUGCACUGACUGCGCCGCUGCCAUGAAGGAUUGUCCUGUCUGCAGGAAACACGUCAAAGGAACAGUCCGUGCCUUCAUGAGCUAAAUCCACUAGAGGUUCCAGAACUUUUGAAAAGGGGGGGGGGGGAUUUAAAAAAAAAACUGUAAACGUAGCCUCUUUUGAUUCCUUACCCUGUGCAAUAUAGAUUUGUUGAUAGCACGAUUUGGUAGGGCGCCACAUUGUUUAUAUUUGAAUGAGUUAUGUAUCAGGAAAAUGUUGGCCUAAGAUCUAUAUUACGGCUUGUAUUAAUUAUAAUGUUAUUUUCUGUCAACUGCUUAAAGAUCUUUUGAGCUAUGCAUAGAUCUGCUUUGUAACAUGCGGUGAAGGAAAGAAAAUAUAGUGAACAAUUUUGGUUGACAGAGUGACACUUUGGAAUGUACAUUAUUCACUCAAGUGGUCACGAGUUUAGGUGCCAGAGACAUAUCAAGCAACAGAGGCCAGAGUCUAAUCAAGAAACAGGCCAAAUUAAGAGCCAGAGUUUAGAGGUGUGCCAGCGCUCAUAUGUAACAGAACAAAAAAAAACAUGAUUAAGAUUGAAAACCAGUGGGGCUGCGAAACUAGCUUCCAAAGAAGAAAAUCAAACUGUUGCAUAAAAGAAUAUCCAAUCUAAGUGUUUUUGUAAAGUGUUUUUACAUGUUUCGGAUGUUCCUUCAGAGUUGAAGAUAAUUACUUCCUAUUCCAAACCUCCCGCAGGACGACGGGGGAUGGGAGAGGGCAGGGUUUGAACCCUCGACCAUCGAUAAAUCUGAACGACAGUCCAGCGCGCAAACCGCCAGACCAGGCAGCCAUCCCGACCAGGCAGCACAUCUAUAGCACAUCCACUAACGGUCAGUCAUUUUAGCAUAACCAAAGCAAAGCAUGAACCAACCAGGAGAGAGCACGCCAGUGUCACAAUAUAACCAUAGCAACCCACGAUCUGUCAUAUCAACAAAAGCAUAAAAAAAAAAUUCAAAGAAUGUUCAAUAGCUACGAUCAGUGAAAACUCUUGAAUUAUUUAAAGCUUGAUCCAAAUUUACCCAAUUUUAAAUGUUACGCAACUACUCCAAGACAUAAUCACAAAUAACUUUAAAGAAAUCUAACUAAAUGUGAUUGGUGUUAAACAAUAAAUUAGGGCUUUACAGUGGCAUGGAAAAAUGUUUCUAACAUGAAUCAUAGUCGUUCUACGACUAAAGAAGGCUAACAUGAGUAAAGACAAUAAUUCACUAUUCAAUAAAUGUAUGAUGUGUACACACAAUUCGUUAAAUAUUGACUACAUAUUAACAAAUAUUAAUUAUAUCUUUUUUUUUCACGUUUAUCACACAGAUAGAAAACAAAUUCAUAUUACUAUUUUGAGUGCAAUAUUUAUUUCUAUAC